UUAUUUUCGAAAACAGAACAAAAAACAUCAAGAGAGAGAUCAGUAGGAAAAAAUGGCUGCGGCGAUUUCGAACCCAUCAACGGUGUUAGGGCUCCGAGGCUCCUCUCUCUCUCCCAAGAGACCCAACGAUGGCUUCUCCUCUUCAUUUCUGAAACCAACGAUGAGAGCCAAGAACCCUUUCAAAGUCGCCGGUUCAUCAGGGGGAAGAGUCACCUGCUUUGAGAGGAAUUGGCUGAGGAGAGAUCUGAACGUCGUCGGGUUCGGAUUGAUCGGAUGGAUUGCUCCGUCGAGUAUUCCGGCGAUCAACGGCAAAAGCCUCACCGGACUGUUCUUCGAGAGCAUUGGCUCCGAGCUCGCCCACUUCCCCACUCCUCCGGCACUCACUUCCCAGUUCUGGUUGUGGUUGGUGCUGUGGCACUUGGGAUUGUUCCUCUGUCUCACUUUUGGACAAAUCGGCUUCAAAGGAAGGACUGACGAUUACUUCUGAUUUGAGUUUGGUUCCGACAGCUUCUUAAAUUAAGUCUGGUUGUUUAUAUAUGUGAAGCAUCUUAUCUGAUUUUGUCCUGUAUCUCUCUGUGUAUGAACUGCUUAAAAACACCGCAACUCGAAGGUGGUUUCUUGUUGGAUCGCUCA